AUGGAGUGGAGGAUUGUGCCAGCAAGGGAGAGAGCAGGAGGCUUACUAUGUGUGUGGAAAGCUAGUAUUUUUAGUCUAGAGGAGUGUGUGCCGGGGGAGGGUUUUCUCUGGCUCCGAGGUAAAUGGAAGGAAGUGGAUAGUGUUAUUGUAAAUGUGUACAGUCUGUAUGUGUUGGGAGAGAAGAGAAAGCUCAGGGAAAACUUGAGAGAGUUGAGAAGGAGGUAUGUCGAUUUACCUUGGUGCCUUGUAGGAGACUUCAAUUCUGUGAGAAGGGUAGAGGAGAGAAGGGGGAUCCGUGGUGAGGAUGUGUCAGGAGCUAGUGAAAUGGAGGAGUUCAAUGGGUUCAUUGACGCUAUGGAGCUGGAUGAUAUUCCAGCGGUGGGGCGGAAAUUCACUUGGACAAGACCAAACGGUAAGGCAAGUAGUCGUCUAGACAGAUUUUUGGUGUCUUACCCUUGGAGCUUGACCUGGCCUGAGUGUGCUCAAUAUGUCCUUCAAAGGGAUGUCUCGAACCACUGUCCCUUAGUCUUGAAGUGCUCUCACGUGGAUUGGGGUCCUAAACCUUUCAAGACUAGGAAUUGUUGGUUGCUCGAUCCCUCUUUUGGAGAGUUUGUUUCUUCAUCUUGGUCCAAUCUUUCCAUUAAAGGGUGGGGAGCUUUUGUUUUUAAAGAAAAACUGAAGUUGCUAAAACAUGAGUUGAAACAAUGGAACAAGGAGAAAGUGGGGGACUUGGACAGAAAAUGUAAAGAAUUGGUGAAGAGCAUCAAUGUGUUGGAUCUAAAGGCGGAAGAGGGGGGGUCUAAUUGA